AGGAACCAUGUUGGGCUACUUGCUCCUAGGAGUGGUUCUGUCCCAAGCCAGCUUAGCAACUGCCACAACUGGAGUGGUUCCGGCCUAUCAUGCCGCGGUUCCAGCUGCGAUUCCCGUGGCCACCAGUCACCAGUUUGUCACCCGUAACUGGAAUCGAGUUUAUGUGCCACCCACCACGGUGGCCACUUAUCCGAACACCUACGUUAAGUACAGCGGGGGAUAUCCCGCCUAUCCCACCUACACCUAUCCCUAUGCUUCCACCUAUCAGUACACAUAUCCCUACUACUAUCCCACAUAUAAUUAUGGAUAUGGCUACAAGGGUGUCUGGUGAUAGUUGUAUCGAAAAAGGGGGUAUUAUGUAUUGACCCCACCCAUAAGAUAUUGUGAUAAUAAUCAAUACCAAAAGUCAUUAUUUGUAUAUGCCAAUGGAAAUAUAUAAAACCUUUAUAUCAAA